AAAAGUAGGUGGCGAUAUGCACACAGGAUGUAACACGCCAAAAAACGGAAGAAGAAGAACGUGAACCCCUGCGAUAUACUGAAGGAAACCCGUCUCGUUCUUCCUUUCCCAACAUGGCCCCGAAGGCGAAGAAGGAAGCUGUCCCGGCUAAGACUGAGGCCAAGUCGAAGGCCCUUAAAGCCAAGAAGGCUGUGCUGAAAAACAUUUUCCACAAUCACAUUGAGCGCAGGGCAGCUUUAAAAUGGAUGUGUUCUGGCAGGCUGGACCAUUAUGCCAUCAUCAAGUUCCCCCUGACCACUGAGUCAGCCAUGAAGAAGAUUGAGGACAACAACACUCUGGUGUUCAUUGUUGAUGUCAAGGCUAACAAGCAUCAGAUUAAACACGCUGUCAAGAAACUGUACGACAUCGAUGUGGCUAAGGUCAACACACUGAUCAGGCCAGAUGGUGAAAAGAAGGCAUACGUUCGUCUUGCACCAGAUUACGAUGCCUUGGAUGUUGCAAACAAGGUAAAUUAGUGAAUGUAAAUGUUC